AUGUCCUCCUACCCCCGCCGUUCGCGCUACGCCCCGCCACCCACCAGACGCAGCACAUCCUUCAGCGACGACGACUCUAUCCGCCCGCCUCCGUCAUCAACAGCCCCGUCCACUCCCUCCACCGCCCCGACACUCAUCCCGCGCCUCUCCCCUCGCUCCCCCUCUCCCCUCGCCCCGCCCCGCCCGGCCUUCCUCCGCUCCCGGCCCCAGUCCACGCGCUCCGGCUCGUCCUCCAACUCGUACUCGUACUCCCAGGACAGCCAGACGGCGUCGCUGACCCCCUCGGUCGACACGCCCUCCGCGUCCGACUCGGAGCGCGAGAUGCCCCCGGUCGUGCCGCCUCGUGCGCGCCAGAGGGCCCAUAACCGCGGCCGCGUGGGGGCCGCAGGGCCCGCUGCGGGUCGAGGGACAGGCACAGGCGCAGCUGCGGGCGGGUACACUGCGCUCAAUACGGACGCACACGCCCCCUCCCCCGCCCCCGCCCCUACCCCAAACCCUAA